AUGGGGUCGAUCAAUUCUAAAGCAACUGGAGAGCAGGAAGCUGAACGUCUUUUACUGGGAAAAGGCUUCACCAACAAAUUACUUGACAUUUCCAGAUUCACCACAUCUUCCAGGAAUGAGCCACAGUGGGAACGGAAGUUUGUAGGUGGAUCUGGUCAAGUAAGCGAGCGGAUAAUGCACCUCCUCGGGGACAGAGUGAAGCUGAGGUGUCCUGUCACCUAUGUUGACCAGUCAGGUGACAACAUCAUGAUAGAGACGUUGAAUCAUCAACUUUAUGAGUGCCGAUACGUAAUUAGUGCCGUCCCUCCAACUUUGACUGCCAAGAUACACUUCAGACCAGAGCUUCCUUCAGAGAGAAACCAGUUAAUUCAGCGUCUUCCAAUGGGGGCUAUCAUUAAGUGCAUGAUGUAUUACAAGGAGGCCUUUUGGAAGAAAAAGGAUUACUGUGGCUGUAUGAUCAUCGAAGAUGAGGAAGCUCCGAUUUCAAUUACCCUGGAUGACACCAAACCAGAUGGAUCGCUGCCCGCCAUCAUGGGCUUCAUCCUUGCUCGAAAAGCUGACCGCCUUGCUAAAGUCCAUAAAGAACUAAGGAAGAGGAAAAUCUAUGAGCUGUACGCCAAAGUGCUAGGAUCCCAAGAAGCUUUACAACCAGUGCACUAUGAAGAGAAGAACUGGUGUGAGGAGCAGUACUCCGGGGGCUGCUACACGGCCUACUUCCCCCCAGGGAUCAUGACUCAGUAUGGAAGGGUGAUCCGCCAGCCCGCGGGCAGGAUUUACUUUGCUGGCAGGGAGACGGCCACACAGUGGAGCAGUUACAUGGAAGGAGCAGUAGAGGCCGGAGAACGGGCAGCUAGAGAGGUCUUGAAUGCUUUGGGGAAGGUGGCAAAGAAAGACAUAUGGGUCCAAGAACCUGAAUCAGAGGAUGUUCCAGCUGUAGAAAUCACCCACACCUUCUGGGAGAGGAACCUGCCUUCCGUGACAGGCCUGCUGAAGAUCAUCGGAUUUUCCACAUCAAUAACUGCCCUGUGGUUUGCGGUGUGCAAAGUCAGGCUGCUGACCCGAUGCUGA